AUGUUCUCCACAGAUUCGAGUUGCUGCACCAGACUUCGCUCCUGCCCCAAACCACGGGGCCUCCUCGCUACCGUCAUCACCAAAGUGCUCUUAGCCCUGCUCCUGCUGGGUGUGUGCUGGGCCGUGCUGGGUAAAGAAUGCGAGCCCGGACACAACAUUUUCGGACUGGUCAUCCUGUUCCUGAGCGCCGUGUGCGGGGGGAAGCUGGUGGGGUCGAUCACCCUGCCCAACCUGCCGCCGGUUCCACCACUGCUGGGCAUGCUGCUGAUGGGUUUGAUUCUGCGUAACGUGCCGUACGUAACCGAGGCGGUGUUUAUCGAUCAGAAAUGGUCGUCGUCGCUGCGCAGCAUCGCUCUGGCCAUCAUCCUGACCCGUGCUGGACUCGGCCUGGACGCAGCUGCUCUGAAGAAGCUGAAGGCGGUGUGUGUGAGAGUGGCGGUGUUGCCCUGCACUACUGAAGCCUGUACCAUCGCCGUGGUGUCGCACUUCCUCAUCGGACUGCCGUGGAUCUGGGGCUUCAUUCUCGGCUUCGUGUUAGCCGCCGUCUCCCCCGCCGUGGUCGUUCCCUCCAUGCUGCUGCUGCAGGCCGACGGUUUCGGGGUUCAGAAGGGGAUCCCGUCGCUCCUCAUGGCAUCCGGAAGCUUUGACGACAUCCUGGCCAUCACCGGCUUCACCACCUGCCUCGGCAUGGCGUUCGGCACCGGCUCUACGUGGCUCAGUUUGGGGAAGGGCCUGCUGGAGGUGGUGGUUGGGAUCGCAGCAGGAGGGGGGCUGGGUGCCCUCAUUCAUUUCUUCCCCAGUGUGGACCAGGAAGACCUGGUGCUGCGGCGCUCCUGCAUGUUACUGGGUUUGUCGGUGUUCUGUGUGUUCGUGAGUCACGUGGCCAGGCUGGGCGGGGCCGGGGGGCUCAGCACACUCGUCCUGUCGUUCAUCGCCGGGAUCAGCUGGGGCAAAAACAAGGCCCCGGUUGCCGCGGUUGUCGGGAGGUUUUGGGACGUUUUCCAGCCGCUUCUGUUUGGACUCAUUGGUGCUGAAAUAACCAUUUCUACUCUAAACCCCACCACUGUGGGUUUAGGAACGGUGGCGCUGUGUGUCGGUGUGGUUGUACGUCUGUGUGUGACGUACCUGGUGGUUCUGUUCGCUGGUUUUAACCUGAAGGAGAAAAUCUUCAUCUCACUCGCCUGGUUACCUAAAGCUACUGUACAGGCAGCCAUAGGCUCCACGGCUCUGGACAUGGCCCGUAGCCAAGGGGACGAGCAGCUGGAGCGUUAUGGGAUGGACGUGCUGACGGUGGCGGUGUUAGCCAUAAUGAUCACGGCUCCUAUCGGUGCUCUCGCUAUCGGAUUAGCAGGACCCAAACUGCUGCAGAAAUACACGGAGAUAGAGGAACCACACACCUCUGCAGAUAAACCUGAAGACGACGUCCCUCCGGAACUCAACACACCUCCCGCACUGGAGAGUAAACUCUGAUCACGUCACGCUCAGCCUGAUCCUGUCGUCGUGUUACUGAAGCUUUUUUCUUUAUUUGUAUUUAUUUGCCUGGAUUUUUUUUGGUUUAUUAAAAUUCAUUUCUAUUCUGGUUACACUUCAGUUUUGAAUCUUCUCUAGGGGCGCUGCAGUACAGGUGAAAUACCAUCAGGGAAUAGGAUACGUCUAGUUAGGGAGGGAAAUAAAGUCUUAUUCAGUUUUAAUGUUGUUAUUACAUGAAUACAGUGUGUGUGUGUGUGUGUGUGUGUGUGUAUCUUUUUUUAAUGCUAUUUAUCGUGUAUAUUCGUGUUCCACUGAGUUCUGUUCUGUUCUGUUCUGA